UCAGAUUUUUUUCAGAAAUCCUAGUUUAUUGUAUAUAAUUCAUUUGUGAUAGUGUAUAUAUUUUGAUUAUUUUAUUUUAUUGAUUUAUAAUGGAAUCUCUUCAAGAAAUAUUGCAAUAUUUAAAUCCAAAUACGCGAUUAGAUCUAAAAGCUACCGCUUUAGAACAUGUUCUCAGUAUAACAGGCACUAUUGAAGGACGAGAAUUGUUAUUAAAACUUCCAGAUUUAUUAGUACAAUUAAUUGUCUUGACUCAAGAUUUUUCUACUGCAAUUUCAAAAGAUGCAACUCUAGCUUUAAUAAAUAUAACUGCAGAUGAACUAGGAACAAAUGCAUUUUUAUUAAUUUCAGAAACUCAACCAAAGAAUGAAAAAUAUAAUUACAAUUUAAUUCAUGUUUGUAUUAGAUUUAUAAUGGACAAAGAAAGUAUUUUAGCAGAUCCAUGUUGUAUGAUUCUUUCCAAUAUGACUAGACCAUUGCAUUUAUUGGAUAGAAUUAUAACACUUUUUGAAAAUAGUGAUUAUACUUGGGACAGUAUUGUGACAGCAUUUACUGCUAAACAAUAUAAUAAUGUUGGUGCCAAACUUCAUUAUUUAGGACCUGUUUUUAGCAACCUCAGUCAAUCUCCACGUGUAAGAAGGUAUUUAAUGGACAAAGAUCGUAAUGUCAUUCAAAGACUACUUCCUUUCACAGAAUAUGCAGAUAGUAUAGUAAGACGGGGUGGAAUUGUUGGCACCUUGAAAAACUGUUGUUUUGAUGUAGAAAAUCAUGAAUGGUUGUUAAGUCCUGAAGUAGAUAUUUUAUCGUAUCUUUUAUUACCAUUGGCUGGACCAGAAGAAUUUGAUGAUGAUGAUAAUGAUAAAUUGCCAGUUAGUCUGCAAUACUUAUCAGAAACAAAGCAGAGAGAGCCAGAUUUGGAUAUUAGGAUUAUGCUACUAGAAGCUUUAGCUCAACUAUGUGCAACAAAAAGGGGCCGAGAAAUAUUGAGAGCGCAAAAUACGUACAUCAUACUCAGAGAGUAUCAUAAAUGGGAGCAAAAUAAAAAUGCAUUGUUAAGUUGUGAAAAUGUUGUAGAUAUUUUGAUUAGAACCGAAGAAGAAAUAGGUUUGGAUAAUCUAAAAAAUAUAGAGAUUCCAGUAGAAUACUCGGAGAAAUUUUAUAAAAUGGAUCAAGACUUUAUUAAUAGUACAUGAUGAUAUUGGUACAAUAAUACGAAUUAUUUCAUAUACAUUGCACAAAAUGUACAUAUUAUAAAUAUAAAAUAACAAUUUAUCUCGUAAAAAACAAGA